AUGGAGGACACUGGCAUGGAGAACAUUGGUACGGAACAAGUGACUCAGAGGACACCGAGAUAUCAAAUAUCUACCGAGAUAGAGGGCUGCUGCACUGCUCAGGAUCCAGUCACAGGUCCAGAGGAUGUGAGUGGUCAGGAGAAGGGCUCCUUGACAGUGAAGUGCCGAUAUGCCUCAGGCUGGAAUGAUUACAACAAGUACUGGUGCCAAGGAGAUUAUUGGAAAACAUGUGAGAUUCUUGUUGAAACCGAUGGAUCAGAGCGGUUGGAGAAGAAGAACCGUGUGUCCAUCAGGGAUGACCAGAGAGGCUGCAUCUUCACAGUGACCAUGAAGGAUCUGAGGAUGAGUGAUGCUGGCAUUUACUGGUGUGGAAUUACAAAAGCUGGAAAUGAUCACAUGUUUCAAGUUAGUGUGAAGAUUGUCCCAAAAAUUUCAACUACAAUACUGAGGACCGUACCCACAUUUCUGAUGUCCACACCAACCAUGGAGGACACUGAAAUUUCAACUACAGUACUGAGGACCGUACCCACAUUUCUGACGUCCACACCAACCAUGGAGGACACUGGCAUGGAGAACAUUGGUACGGAACAAAGCAGCCCCUUCAUCUGGUCCCUGCUGACCAGCAUCUCUUUGCCAUUUCUGGUCUUUGUGGUGUUCCCCCUGCUCCUGAGCAUGCUCAGUGCUGUCCUCUGGGUGAACAGGCCACAGAGACCCUCUGGGGGAGAUGAAGUUGGCCUGGUGGAGAUCCAUAGUUCUGAUGCCCAGGACAGAGAGGAACACUUCCCAGGAGAUGGAAAAUGA